GUAGACUCUUGCUCAGCACCUCCACACACUCACAUUCUCUUCAAAGGUUCUAUCAACUGUCAGUUACCUUACGUCCGCACUACCAAGUGGAAGGUUUCCCGAUCCCUUUCUAAUUGACGACUCCCACGAUAAUCAAGCCUAGCGUGGUCGCAAAUAUGGGCUCUGCCCAGAAUUCGAAACCAAUCACGGAGCUAGCUCUAUUCCAUCUAAAGCCGUCAAUCGACCGAGCAACUAUCCGAUCCGAGCUCCUAGCAGCGGCUAAGGCCCAGACCGAAUACUCAAAGUAUCCCGUCUAUCUGUUCUCCCAGAUCGAGGACCCGUCGUACAUCUACCUCCUUGGAGGAUGGAGGUCAAUCGCAACUCAUCUAGAAGAUUGGAUCCCUAAUCCUAUAAAUCAGGGCUUGAUGAAAUCCCUCAAGGAGAAAUUGGAACUCGUCUACAUGAUGCACAUUGAUAUCGAUCCUGCCGAUCUGAGAUCAAAUGGAGAACUGGACCAGAGCUCUACACACGCCACGGCCACAGGGUCUGAAAGCCCUACAAAUUCCGAUGCGAAUGAGGGAAUCCCUGUGAAUGUCCCCGUCAUCGCAAUUGGGCGUUAUUUUCUUACUGCCGGUCAAAAGGAAGCGUUCCUGAACAAGUUUCAGGAGACGAAAGGUCAUUUGAAGGCGUAUAUUGCUCCGAGAACGUUGAGGGGUGGUGUUCGAGUCGCGCCUAAGGAUAAAGCGGGGGAUGGGAUUGAAAAAGAAGAAUUUGUGCUGUUCAGUGGAUGGGGUGAAGUCCAGGAUCAUUUACAGUUUGCAGAGUCAGAAAGGUCUAAAGAGUUCGGUAAGAUCAAGGACUUCUUAGAAGGGGCGGAUAUCAAACAUGCUUCUACCUGGAAAGAGUGAGGGUGGUAUACUGGAUACUCAUUAAAUAGUGUACGGAGCUAGCCUUAAUAUGAUAUCAUUACUCAAAG